AUGGUCGAAUACAACAUCAACACUGAAGGCAAAGCCAUAGUGGCAGCCUUUCCCUCUCAAGUCUCAGGACGGACCUUUCUCAUCACUGGUCCAUCUCAAGGUGGUGUCGGUGCCGAAACAGCAAUCUCACUUGCUGAUGCCUCCCCAUCCACUCUCAUCCUCCUCGGUCGAGAUCUCACCAAAAUUCAACCCACAAUCGACGCUAUCAAAGCCAUCAACUCUUCCAUCUUAGUCAAAUACAUUCCUGUCGAUCUAGCUUCCCUCACCAGUGUUCGAGCCGUUGCCAUAGCCAUCCUCGACGACUCAACCAUCCCCAAGAUCGACGUAAUGAUCAACAACGGCGCUAUAAUGGCUGCUCCCUACUCCCUCACAACCGACGGCUACGAAUCCCACUUCCAAAUCAACUAUCUAUCUCACUUCCUCCUCACAAACCUUCUUCUCCCCAAACUCCUGAUGGCUUCUCCACCAGCGAGGAUCCUCAACGUGUCGUCCGCCGGCCAUUCGGUCUCCGACGUCCGUUACGAAUCCACCGAUUUCGAGAAGGGGACAAAAUACGUUCCGUGGUUUGCGUACGGACAGAGUAAGACUGCUUGCAUACUCUUCAGUGUGGAGUUGAAUCGAAGAUUCAAAGAAAGCGGGUGUAAGGUAAGAGCUUUUUCGCCGACACCUGGGGCCGUCGAUACGGGGUUGCAGAGAUUCGUUACGAAAGAGAUGAGAGAAGAGGGGAUGAAGGUCUGGAUUGCUUCUGGGAAAGCAGCGCCUGUUAGGAAGAGCUUGCAACAGGGGUGUGCCACUUAUCUGAGAGCAUCUCUUGAUCCGGCUUUGGUGGACCAGGAUCUGGUUUUUCUUAGUGAUUGUGUGCCAACUGAUAACCCGGAAGAACUUUCUGCUUAUGCAGUUGAUGCGGAGAAUGCGAAGAAGUGCUGGGCUUUGAGUGAAGAGAUGGUUGGAGAGAAGUUUGACCUCAAACUCUGA